AAGGCGCUGUCAUUGAGAAACAUGGCUGCCUCCACGGGUGCUGCAAACGCUGCUGCCUCCGACUCACAAGGUCCAGCUUCGGCUAGUCCCAGCAUGGACAGCCAAACGUUUCAGUACAGUAUGAUUCUGGACCAUCUCAUCGGGGACAAGAGGCCCGUAAAGGACCUGAACCCCGCCGUUAUGGGGGCUCUGCCAAUGCCUCCUAAAAGCGACGAGCAGAAGAUGAUCGAGAGGGGAAUGGAGAGCUGCGCCUUCAAGUCGGUUCUGGCCUGUGUGGGAGGGUUUGUCCUCGGAGGAGCUUUUGGUGUCUUCACAGCUGGCAUCGAUACCAAUGUUGGCUUCGACCCCAAAGACCCUCUGAGAACUCCAACAGCACGAGAAGUCCUCAAAGACAUGGGCCAGAGGGGGAUGUCGUACGCCAAGAACUUUGCCAUCGUGGGUGCCAUGUUCUCCUGUACAGAGUGCAUCAUAGAAUCACACAGAGGCAAAUCUGACUGGAAGAACGCAGUGUACAGUGGUUGUGUAACUGGAGGAGCCAUUGGAUUUCGUGCUGGUCUCAAGGCUGGGGUGCUGGGAUGUGGAGGCUUUGCUGCGUUUUCUGCUGCCAUUGAAUAUUAUUUGCGGUGAACCAAAGAGCAGCUCUAUGGACAAGAACUUAAUCGAUACACAUCUGGACGAGCCCUGUUCGAAAUCCAACCCUGUGAAUAUUUACCUGCACAUGGAGGAUUGCUGCAAAACACAGACCUGAUGUGUUUGGUGGAAGUGGCAGGUUUCUGUUUGUGUACAGUACAGUGGGCUGAAAAGACAUGUAUGUAUUUUCCAGUGGCUCGUUUGUUUUAUCAUAUGAACAGUUUGAGCAAAGCAACCUCGUAUGAAGAGAAUCUGCAGAAACUGAGCGGGGUGGGUCUGCUUCUCUGUUGAAGGUAUAAUGAUGAGAUAAAAACGUUGAACACAAAUCACUUUCACUCUGAGUCACGACCAACUUAUCAGACUCGGAUAAAAACUCUUCCUGUUGUUGGUAUGAUGAUGUGUCAGAAACUAAUCCACGUCAGGUUUAUUUAUAUUAAAGAUGUUUCUUUUUGUUAA